AUGUCCAGCAUAAUAAUCGACGACUCGGACCUCUCUGCAGUGAAGUACGUUGGUAAUGGUUGGACCAAGGGUGGAACAUCGCAUGAGAAUGCAGGGACGGUGACUAGCUCAACUGAAGUCGGGGACUCCUUCAGCGUAACCUUUACGGGAACGAGAAUUACAGUCUUUGGAACUAUCGACUCAACCUCUCAGGGCGUUGUGACUAGCUACUCUGUUGAUGGAGCUCCUCCGCAACAGUUCACCUCCCCAGCAGGUUCAGGAGAUACAUAUAAGCAGCCCUUCUGGCAAUCACCACAAUUGAGUGCACAGCAACACAAUCUUGUAGUUACGAUGAUUAAAGUGAACCCUGUACCUGAUCAGGGAGAAGGCACUGUCUGGUUCGACUUCUUUCAGGUUGAUGCGAUUUCCCAGACAUCCAAUACCCCCAGCGGAAGCUCGACCUCUUCUCCAUCCACAUCAUCAGCUUUAACGCUUACACCUUCCAACCCACCCAACGAGACUUCAUCAAACUUACCUGCUGCUUCGCCAACGAACAAGAAGGGUAAUAUAGCACCCGCUGUGGGGGGCAUCGUUGCUGCUAUCGCAUUGUUGGCUCUUUUUAUCAUUUAUCUUAUAGUUCGGCGGCGCAGACGUAAUUUCAGGCACGAGGUCACCAGGCCUCCGAAGCCUGAAAUUGAUGCGAGCUUUACUCAAACGCCGGGUUAUAUGCCCUUACCUCUUGGCAAUUCUCAAGCCAAUUUUGCACCAACUAUGAACGGUACAGGACUUCAGACCAACUCACCAUCGAGCUACCGUCCGCCACCUCCCUCAUCAAUACCUCGAAGCUCGAUAUCUCCAUCAAACUAUAGUGUACCGGCGGGUCAAUCACUUCUGUAUUACAACAGCGAGGCGCAUGCAUCGUCCUUGGCAGUUAACCAACGGCCAUCGAUGUCCUCUGCUGUCUCCACGUCCCAUCCACCUACUGUUAACUCUAGGCCAUCCAUCAGCAAGGAUACCAAGACUACAAAUCCUUCAUUGACAAUGGCAUGGGUACCAGAACCAAUCCAACACGUCGACAGCGGUCUGCGAGUUGUCAACGUCCCAAAACCUGAGGAACUUCCACCCGUGUACAGUGCGCAGUAA